GCUCAGUUUUCAAUUUCAUCUAUCAGUUCAGUUUUCAUCAUCGAAAAAUCACUUGUGUAAAAAAUACGAUAUAUGCAUCUUAAAGAGGGAACUUUCAACUUUCUAUUCGUUUUAUGACGAACUCUAUAUCGUAUGUUGGAGAGUUAGUCAAAUGUAGUAAAGAACUACUGAAUGGCCAGUCAGGCAGAAUUAUAUUUUUAAGUGCACGAAGUCGAACAGCUGAUCGGAUAAACUUUUCUACGUUUAUCCCAACGAGGAAUAAGAAUCUUCCUGAAAAUAUAAAUAAGCUUAUUUUCAGGUCAAUAAAUGGUGUAGCCAGUUAUAAUGCGAAGCACAUUUGCAGUUAAGUUGUGGGUACAAAGAAGCUAUCUGGUCUCGUCGAUCUUCACGCAAUUUUUGCCCUUUCGUGGCACACAGACGCAGCCGAGGCACAUAUUGAAAAUGAACGAGGCAUUCCUUCGCUACGAUAAGGGCAACGAUGUGUUCAACAUCUCGUUCCGCUAUGUGGAUGAAGUUGUAAAAAUAGAUCGUCAGUUCAACUUCUCCAGGCAAACUACCGAGAGUGUCAACAGUUUCCUAACUAGAAUCAAUACAAAUGUCUGCAAAUUUGUAAACCAAAAGAUACAGAGGAAGAAAAAGAAGAAUACUUCUCUCGAAAUAUCUACAUUGCCGCUUGACAAUGUAGACUCUGGAAAGAUAAUGCUUCUCAAGGACGAUGUCCAGGUAGACGGCAAUGUGCUUUGCAAGAGCUUGCUGCAAGACUCUGCGGAGCUUAAGCUAGUUAUCUUGGGGAAGACGUACGAUGUGAAACGGAAUUUACCUUACAUCUCCAAAAUUUCACUGCCUGCGAGCAUGCUGGUGGGCUUUCCAACUUAUCCGGCUAAAUUCGAGUCGAUGUACACUGACAAGAAGCAAUCGAUAUUUAACUGGUACCGGAACAACGCUGUUAAAAAUGAGCCGAAUUCGUGGACGCACGUUAGUGAGGGAUAUCUGUACGUACCGAGUGUGUCGGACAUCGGCUGCAACUUGAAGAUCAGUUGUGUGCCUCGAAACGAGUCGGAUUCUGGCACUAGCAUCGAAGUGCAAUCGAAGGGCACUGUAGAGGCCGGUCCUGGCCUGUGUCCCUUCGACAUUCGGCAUGAAUUCACGAAGAACAAAUUAUCGGGCCAAAGUUUCAGAAUAAUGUCUUACAAUAUAUUGGCGGAUACGUACACUGACUCCGAUUACUCCAAGGACGUGUUGUUUCCGUACUGUCCGGGAUACGCGUUAGACAUUGACUACAGGAAGCAAUUGAUACUCAAAGAAAUUAUAGGGUUUAACAGCGACAUAAUUUGCCUGCAAGAAGUGGAUAGUAAAAUAUAUGAACGCGACUUGUUACCGUCCCUGUCCAUGCUGAACUACGACGGCGUGUUCGUCACGAAGAACGAGGUAUCCGAGGGACUCGCGAUGUUUUUCAAUCAUGAGAGAUUCGAGAUUUUGAAUAUCGAAUCCCGGGUGAUGAGUCACAAUGUCAAUUCCCCGAAAUUCAAAGCGGUCUGGGACAAGAUCGAGAACGAGAAAAUGAAGGAGAGAUUCUUAAGCAGAAACACGACUAUUCAGGUGAUGAUGCUGCAAUCGAAAGAGAACCCAUCCGAGAUCCUGAUCGUCGGCAAUACACAUUUAUAUUUCCGGCCCGACGCAUGCCACAUCCGCUUGAUGCAAGGAUACUACAUAAUCACGUACCUGCACGAAGUGGCGAGCGCGAUGCGCGAAGAGAAUCCCAGGUGUAACGUGAGCGUGUUACUUAGCGGCGACUUCAACAGCGUGCCGGAACGCGGCAUAUAUCGGCUGUUCACCGAGAAUUACAUUCCGGAAAGCUGCGAUGACUGGAGGAGCAACCCCGAAGAAGCUGUGAAGAAUGUAUCCUUGACGCAGGAUCUCCGGAUGUCCAGCGCGUGCGGCACGCCGGAGUAUACGAAUUAUACGCCGGAAUUUUCCGCUUGUCUCGAUUACAUAUUCUACGAGAGGGACAAAUUCGAGGUGGAGCAGGUGAUCCCAAUGCCCAGUAAAGAAGAGAUAACCCUCCACACGGGUUUGCCAUCCGUGGUGUUUCCCAGCGAUCACAUCUCCUUGUGCGCGGAUUUGAAAUUUAGAGAAUAAAGAGUAAAAUAUUCGCUCAAAUCGUCGAUUGGACUACGUUGUAAUAACACAUUGGCUUUCGCUUGACCGCAUCACAUCCCGACUCGGAUCUCCAAUUAUCUCGUCUCAAUGUGAAAAUCCAGUAUUUCCAUCGAAAGCCAUUAUUCUCACGCAGUGUUAACCUCAUUUCUUCUUUUACUGCUAAUUUUUUAUCGGCUGUAUCAAGCUUGAUCGGAGUCUUGUAGAAAGAAACAAUUGUAUAAUAUAUAAUAAUAUAUGAUUUAGUGAAUUAAAAAGUGUCGGCUCAAUUGGUAGGUCGUCGCCGAAAGUGACGUCGGCGUGUCCUGUUUUAGGAUAAGAAGCGAUUCGAACAAGGAGUGGCGGUAUCACUAAUCCGGAGAAAUGUGCGAUUUCUCGCGAGAGAGCAGAUCCUUCACAUGUGCACGUCACAUUAAUCUGGUUUAUAAUCGACAAAGUAUACAUUCACAUUUCAGUAAUAUGAAGAUACAGCAAAGUAACAUUAUAUACUUACGUUUACAGCUAGUUAAGAAUUAAUUUACAAAAACUUAUAUACACAGAUUAAUUGUCAUCUCCUUCCUUUUCUUCUUCUUCGUAGGGCACGGUCGUAGAGGUCUGCAGGUAACGAAGAGAAUCGCUAGCUGUGUCUAUCGUGAACGUCGCGUACUACUCUCUAUCUAAGCGAAAAAUCGGGACUUCAGUGUCGCGACUCGAACUUUUACGAUACGUUUACGGUCUGCUGUAUACGUGUGAGCGGACAUUUCCCACAGCUAUUCGGGAGCGAAUUCUCAAAACGCCGAAAUUCUAAAUUCACAACUCUACGCUACGUAUGAAUCAUCGUAUUGUUAAUCCGAAAAGUGUCUUCCAAGUUUCGACUUCUCUACGUAGUUCAAAGUUUAGGAGCAAUGGCUUGUCAAUCCGUAAUUUAAGGCAUAUAUCAUCAGUGACUGUGAAUGCACAAGCACAAGAAGAUUCUUUUAUCGUCUACGGAACUGCUUUUUAUCGUUCGAACGAUUAUCUUGUAUUCUAGUUCGUAGCAAUUUGAUGAACUUUUAGGAGCACCUCGACAAUAGAGGAAAUCCACACGCGGCUCCAAAAAUGGAAUUGACUUGGUCCAUUAUUUUCGGCGUGAUAACCAUGAACGUGGCUUCGACGCUGGAAAUAUUAAAAAUUGAAUUUUACCGAUUAAAGACUAAGAUUUCAUAGUGAAGUCUACUUUACAUUUUGAUCAGUAGCACCGUUCAAUCUGCAAUCACGGCUUAUUCUAAUGCGACAUCGUUCUAAAUUACUCUGAUACAUGCAAACGGUAUCAUGAAUUUAUGGAACAAUUGAUCAAGAUUUUUUUUUUAGUACCUGCAGACCUCCUCUUUUCUAUCACACGUUCUCCCUUUCUCCUUCGUAUAAAUGUAACAAAUCUAAUGUGUGUUCUAAAGUAAUCUUCGACACCAAGUCCCGUUACGACGUCUGUGAAGUUGACCCCAUUUUUUCAAAAUGAAACAAAAAAUUAGUAAAAUUCUAGUUGUCUCCUAAAGAGUUCUAGAAUUCUCUAUCGAUAUUAAAAAGAGUUCCAUCGAUUAAAACGGUGAAAACACGAAAUAAAAGUACGGGCGAAGAGGGGUUGCGCUAAAAUUAAAGAUAAAAAUGUUAUAUCAUUUCGAAGUUACACAAUCGUGAAGUUGCCCUCCCUCCCUCCGUACUUUAAUUUCGUGUUUUUAUCGCUUUAACCGGCGGAACUUUUUUUAAUAUCAAUCGAGAACUCUUUGAGGGACAAUCAGAAGUCUAUUCUUUUUUUUUAUUUCGAAAAAGUGGGGCCAACUUCACAUACGUUCCUGCUACGAGCCAUUACAGCCAUUACGAGCAUAUCCUUAAUCCUUUCCUCCCCAAUAGAAACACGUGAUACCUCAUUGAUUAAUUCCAGUAAGAACUUUAUCGCUCGAUUCGCCCAAUGUGCCUGUUGCACCGGUACUCAACGCGAAUUGUUCUCAAUGCAUUAAAGCGAAAGCGACUUCAGGGAACUGCCUGAUCAAGCACACGCAUUGUGAUUCGAAAUCUGUUUUGCUUUUAUUAAAUUCUAACAUGUUAGUUAUACAAAAGUAUCACUUGGUAUAAUCAUUGAACCCGUGGACAAUUUCAAAUCAAGUUGAUUUUAUAUUACGAUUCUUUUAUUUUAUUCUUUUCUGUCUUAUAUAAUUAUAAGUAAUAAUUUAGUGUAUGAAUUAGGAAUGAGAGGAUUAAGGUCGUCACUUUGUUUCAUCAUUCAUGUAUGUAUGUAUGUACCUCAUUACCGUAACAGUCGACUGAAUAUCUCGCUACGCAUAACGUAUUCUACUGCGACCGCAAAAAUACAACACGCCGACAUAUAUGAGACGAAACGUUACAUCGCGCCAAUAAAUAACUGUCCUCUUAAUUUCGUGAGAAAUAAAAACGUACAAUUAUCCUUACACUGGAACAAGGUGCGCGCAUGUAAACCUUAUUAUAAUAAGACUAUAGAUCCACCAAAAGUACCUCUCACCACGUCUCAAUACGAAAAAUUGGUAAUUUGACUCUUGUAUCCUCGUGAAAAUUUUCACCGCCAUUACAGGUGAUUUUGCCAAUUAUCCAAUAUAAAAAAACUAUCAGUAGUGCGCAUUUCAUUCAUGUAGAAUUUUCUUCGCCAUUCCUACGAUUCCUCACUACAUAUAUUUGUUGUCACGUAGAUAUACAAUUGCAGUUGCAUAUAACAAGGACAAAUUCAGUGUAUUAAUAUAUUCGUUAGAAGCAAAUUAACAGAAGGAACUUGAAUUAGAAAAACCAUCGAGUAACUUGUCUAACACACAAUUGAUCGAGCCUCUCUAGCGCGUGCAUAUCCGAAUAGCCAGAUUCAAAGUGUCGAAAAAAAUGAUACAUCCGGUAGACUGUCACGAGUGAAUCUUGGAUUACAGAACGGAUUCCGACGCAAAAUUCGCACGAUGCGAGAGGGCGCAUUGUGAGAUCAAACGCAUUGCUUUCACGAUAUGCCAUAUGUAUGAAUUUAUUGCAACAAAUAACGCAAGUAAUUGUCCUCAACGUGCGAGAUCCGUCGCUCGGACGCUCUUCUUCUUUUCGCCUCAAAAAUAACAAAUAAAAAAAAAAUAAAAUAAAAAAAAG